GCGCGUUCGGGAGCAUCCAGAUGACGGGUGCCACAGCAAAACGCGGGUGGCUUUGAACCACUGCGCGGUGCCCAGCUACCAUGGCCGCCCCGGAUCCGGGAGACUCCGGGGCGCAGCAGGCCCUCUCUGCCUCUGCCAGGCAGCUCCAGCCAGCUCGUGAAAUGCCCAAUUAUGCCCUCCAGUUUACUCUGGUGGGGCACACGGAAGCAGUAUCGUCAGUUAAGUUUAGUCCUAGCGGAGAGUGGCUAGCAAGCUCCUCUGCUGAUAAACUGAUUAUAAUUUGGGGAGCAUAUGAUGGAAGAUACGAGAAAACGCUACAUGGUCACAAUCUGGAGAUAUCAGAUGUUGCCUGGUCAUCAGACUCCAGCUGCCUUGUUUCUGCCUCAGACGAUAAAACUCUUAAGAUAUGGGAUGUGAGAGCUGGAAAAUGCUUGAAAACACUAAGGGGGCAUAGUAAUUUCGUCUUCUGUUGUAAUUUCAAUCCACCGUCCAACCUCGUCGUAUCCGGUUCCUUUGAUGAGAGUGUGAAAAUAUGGGAAGUGAAAACGGGAACGUGCCUGAAGACUUUGUUGGCUCAUUCUGACCCAAUUACUGCUGUGCAUUUUAACUGUAGUGGGUCCUUGAUAGUGUCGGGUAGCUACGAUGGUCUUUGUAGAAUCUGGGACGCUACAUCAGGACAGUGUUUAAGAACACUUGGUAACGAUGAGAACCCUCCUAUUUCCUUUGUAAACUUUUCGCCAAAUGGGAAGUAUAUUCUCAUUGCAACUUUGGACAAUACCCUUACGCUGUGGGAUUACAGCAGAGGCAGAUGCCUGAAGACAUACACAGGUCAUAAGAAUGAAAAAUACUGCAUAUUUGCCAAUUUUUCGGUUACUGGUGGAAAGUGGAUUGUGUCGGGUUCAGAGGAUAACCUUGUUUACAUUUGGAAUCUUCGGACUAAAGAGAUUGUUCAGAAAUUACAAGGCCAUACAGAUGUUGUGAUCUCAGCAGCAUGUCAUCCUACAAAAAACAUCAUUGCGUCAGCAGCAUUAGAAAAUGAUAAAACAAUUAAACUGUGGAUGAGUAGCUACUGAACUCUGGAAACCAGCUGGUAAAGCCAAGAUAGCAAGAAAAAAAAAAUUGAGAUAUUUGAAAAGUUGAUUUCAUUGAAUUUCUGCAUGUUUUUGUAUUUCUUUUAAAGUGACCUUCAAUUGUAAGAAUUUUGAAACAUACAUUUGCAAAAUUAAGACAGUUGUAAAAGCGAGUGGAGCAUCGGUAGCUUCCAGCUCCUAAUCUGGAGGCCUGUUGUCUCUUAGGAUUCUCAUGUGUUUCUUCCUGGACAAUUCCCCAUCCUGUUCCAUUUAAUGACUCCUAUUCAUCUUUAUAGCUCUGGGUUUUUCUGCAGAGAAAGGACUCAAAUAUUUGAAGUAUAAUGAAUAAUUUCAGUCCUAACUUGUAACAUAUUUAUUUUUUCAAGGUAGGGUCUUACGCUAUCCCAGGCUUGCCUUAAACUCACAGCGAUCCUACCUCUGUCUCCAGAGUGUUGGGAUUAAAGGCAUGUGCCACCAUCAUGCAUGGCUCCAAAUACAUGUUAGUAAUGAGUUCUGCAAACUAUCAUAUUAAAAGUUAUCUGGGCUGGAGAGAUGACUUAGCGGUUAAGCACUUGCCUAUGAAGCCUAAGGACCCUGGUUCGAGGCUUGAUUCUCCAGGACCCACGUUAGCCAGAUGCACAAGGGGCGCAUGCGUCUGGAGUUCAUUUGCAGUGGCCAGAAGCCUUGGUGGGCCCAUUCUCACUCCCUCUAUCUGCCUCUUUCUCUGUCACUUUCAAAUAAAUAAAAAUGAACAACAACAACAAAAAAGUUAUCUAGCCCUAGCCUCACAUGCUAACUUUAUUUACACACAGAGAUAAAAGCCAGAGAGAUGGCUUAGUGGUUAAGGCAUUUGCCUGUGAAGCUAAUGGACCCAGGUUCAAUUCCCUGGUACUCACAUGAGCUAGAUGCUGAAGGUAGCACAUGCAUAUAGUUAGUUUAUGGUAUAAAGUAUCAGACAAAAAAAAUAUAGACAGUGCUUUCUGCCCACUAUACUUACAGAGACCUAAAAACCAUGCCAAAAUGUAAAAUAAAAUCUAGACUUUAAGAAAUAA